AAAUCAAUGUUUUUCGUGCUCGUAGCGCGACUGCUCUUGUCUGUACGUUAUGUGACUUUACCGAGCAUGCGCAGUGUCACCAAGCAUCAUUCGGCAGCGUUGAGGGAGCCGAGGGGGAAAAAAAGAGUCGCGGUGGGAAGCAGCAGAGAAGUUCGAUGGCGCUUUCCUUUGUCGCCGUCUUCCUUUGCUUUCGAAUUGGGCUCGGCCUGCGUCUAGAUCGUUGAGCCCAAGCGGCCUUUCUGCGAUUUUCAAGGAGUCACCACAGGCAUCUAAACAUACGCUCCCGUUCGGACCGGUCCCCGCGACGAUGGAGGAAUCGGUGACCACAUUCGAGACACAUUUGACAGCCAUUAUGGACAGCCUCAUCCGGGCAUCUGUGUGCGAGAUCACCAAAUUGUUCCAGGAGACAGUGGCCGACUACCUGGUGGAACUUUCCCUAAACCGUAAGGAGAAUGACGCUCUUAAGCUGCGCCUGAGGCUCACCGAGAACAAGCUGAGGACAGAACGCAUGUACGGCGUGGGCUGGGCCGCCAGCCGCCGCAAUGCCGGACCAACGGCCGAGGAGGGAGGACGUCACAAACGAAAAGUUGAGACGGACCCAGGCAAGUCAAAGAAGGGCCCUGCAGCAGCCUAUCGAAGAGGCUGGCCUGGAGGCGUGUGGGAGGAAGGCGGAGGAGGUGGCAGCGAAGGAGGAACAGCAGCAGUGGUAAUGACAGCAGGACAAGGAGGGAAAGAUUCCAGGCAGAUGUACCUUGUCCAGCUCCCCAGGGGUGAAAAGGAUGAGGAAGGCAUGGUGUGCGAUGAGGAAGGGGAGGGCAGCCUCAGCGGUGAGGGGGAGGAGACGACCAGCAUCAAAGAGGAGUUUCCUCAAAUCGAGGGAUAUCAACCGGCUUCUCUCAGGCUAAUCAAGGAGGCUCUGAAGAUGGACCGGCCAAACCACAACUUCUGCAAUAAUUCCAGAGCCCAAAGUGAAGGAGACCUGUUAGAUCAUCCCCCGAGCGUCACCGCCACCAAGAAAGAGAACGACGACUGGGAUGGGGGCACAGUGGAGCAAUCAGCCGGCGGUAUGACCGUGGACGAGCUGAGGGGAUUGGAGUCCGCACUGAGGGCCGAGAGAGGCCGCGAGCAGGCCGCUAUAACGGUCUCCCAGCCCCCUCCGACGGAGGCGGUUUUAGGCGGCAAGAUCGGCUUGCCUCCCAAGUACAUCGGACUGGACGGCAUGGAGCAGGAAGAAGAUGCAGAGUCACAGCCGCCCACGUUGCAGCGAGAGGAGCAUAUAGGAAGAGGGCUUUUGAAGGACCAUGUGAAGGGCCACGUGAGGCCGGGGAGGUUCAGGUCAGGCAGGUCCAGGAAGAUGAGAGAGAGCGACUCUGCUCUUAGUGGAGAGGAUGGAGCGGAGCAGGGGGAGUCUGAGCACCUGCACCCGUCCGCGGCGGGAAGCGCGGGCGAGAGUGGAGGCGAGGAGGACGCUGCUGCCGACCUGCUCCACUUCUGCCCUCAGUGUGGGGGCGGCUUCACUACAGAGGCUGAGAUGGAGGAGCACCCCUGCCCACUAGGUGGCGCCCAUUUACAGAACAGUGGCGGAGAGGAGAGCGUGUUCCCUUGUGCCCACUGCGGUAAUACAUUCAGCCACGCAUGGGCGCUCAAGAACCACGAAUGCGCCUGCGCCGCCGAGAGGCCUCACUGCUGCGAGAUUUGCGGCAAGCGCUUCACGCACUCGCGUUCCCUAGAGCGGCAUCAUCUGGUGCACACGGGCGAGAGGCCGCACCAAUGCCCGUUGUGCGGGCGUAGCUUCAGCCGCCUCGGGAACCUGGAGCGGCACCAGAGAAUCCACACGGGAGAACGACCGUACGGGUGCGAUGCGUGCGGAAAGCGCUUCAGUCGAGUGGAAUAUUUAAAGAGACACCAGCUGAUUCACAACGGUGAGAAGGCCUCAGUGCAGUGUUCUUCAUGUGGGGUGCACGUACGCGACGUGGAACAGCUGAAAAGCCACCAGUGUUUUUAGACACUUGCGUGGAAAGAGCGGCUUUUUAACUAAAUAUGGUAGAAUUUAGUUGACUAACGUGUCUGGUAUUUUCUCAGUAGUUUGCAGUUUCAAAAUGCUGACAAGAUGAUCAUUAACUGACUUAAAGGAACCUAAGUGGCUAUAAGCUAGAUGGCAAUCUGUCAUUUAACUGAACCUAUUCCCAUUUGUAUAAAGCCUGUACUUAUUUAUAAGUGACAAUGAUACAUUUUUAUGUUUGUAUUAAUGACUCCCUUGCAAGAGGACAGCAUUUUUUCCCCCAUGAGAGGAAUGGCUGUAUUUUGUAUAUUUGUCUAUGGUCUUCAUUAAGAAAUAAACAUUUAAGUCCAUCGGAACACACUUCUCUUAUAUA